AUGGUGCGAAAGUGUUUGCAAACGUUUCUCAAUCCGAAGGACUUCUAUGCCGCUCAGCGACCGGUGUUGCGCGUGUCCUUUCUCGCCGGCAUGACGCCGUUCACGGUCGUGAAAGGCCCAACGGAGCUCAUGAUGUUACGGUGCACCCCGUUCGGGUACAUCAACUCCAGCGUGCACGUGAUUCUGUUCUGCAGCUGCUACGUGAACGCGCUCCUCAAGGGAGAAACCAUCACGCGGUUCUUCUUCCGAACAGACAUCAGCACAUUGGGUGAUGUGCUGCAGUUCACAAUCGGCAUUACGGCGCUUAUCAUGACGUUCUUCUGCAGCGUCUUCCAGCGCAACAAGCUGAUCAAAGCGUUCCACGCGCUGGCGAGCAUUGAUCGACGCUUCCGGGAAAUCGGCAUGGAAACGAACUACAAGAGCACGCUGCACUACAACCUGCUGGUGAUGAGCGCCAAGGUGACCAUCACCUUGCUCUACCUGCUCGUGUGUCUUACCGUGUUCAUCUCCUCCAACACCUACCCGAGUGUGACCACGUGGAUGGCUUUCCUGCUGCCGUACUUCAUGAUGUCGAUGGUGAUCGUCGUUUUUCUGUGCUUUGUUCAUCAGACCAAGCAUCGCUUCCACCUGCUGAACAAGGUGCUGAAGCAUCUGAAGCAGGCGGCACUGGAAAAACGGCUCUCUCCGCAACGCCGGCAAAGCUACUGGCACGCGAUCAAGAUCCAACGUCCGCUUGGAAUCGCAUCGGUGUACUCGAACAACGACAAGUCGAUGCCGGACGUUGUGUCCACGGUGGCCGAGAUUCAGGACGCGUUGUGUGAGGCAUGUAGUUACGCCGAGGAUUAUUUCACCAUCCAGAUGCUCACGAUCGUGACGAUCGUUUUCCUGAUCAUCGUCUUCAACUCGUACUACGUGCUGGACGCCCUGCUGGGCUCCACCUCGCAAGAUACUCCGUUCUCGAAAGGGCAGUUUGCUAUGUUUUUUCUUUGCCAGGCCAUGGUUUACGGUUUUGGGGUGUUUAACAUCGUGUACGGUAGCUGUUCGUUGGUGCGGGAAAACGACAACAUCGGUGCCAACGUGCAUAAGCUGCUCAAUGCGGCGGCAGGAGCGGACAGCGAGCUGGCGACUAAACUGAUGCAGCUGUCCCAGCAGAUGGUCCAUCGGAAGGUGCGCUUUUCGGCUUGCGGAUUGUUCAAUCUUGACUUCACACUCAUAUUCACGUUGGUAGGAGCGGCUACCACCUACCUGGUGAUACUGAUCCAAUACGAGCUGAGCAUGGACGAGAGCAAACACGAAACUAUUGCAAGAGCUUUUUUAGGAAACGAAACGUGGUAA